GGACAACUCUGUGCUCCUGCCUGUGACCAGGGUGAGUGGGAAGUGGAGCCACAGGGGCUCUGAGCAGGACAGGGGAGGAGUGGACAGCUGGGAGGUUGAUUGACCUCCUGCCAAGAUGUCCUGCCAGCAGAACCAGCAGCAGUGCCAGUGCCCCGCCAAGUGCCCUGUCCCAAAAUGCCCCCCCAAGUGCCCCCCAGCCCCUCCAUGCUGUGACCCCAGCUGUGGGGACUGCUGCAGCGCUGGGGCUGGGGGCUGCUGCCUGAGCCACCACAGGCGCCGCAGGUCCCACCGCCGCAGACACCACAGCCCUGACUGCUGCAGCCAGCCCUCGGGGGGCUCCGGCUGCUGCGGAGGGGGCAGUGGCCAGUCGUCUGGGGGCUGCUGCUGACCUGGGCCCUGAGGACCUCCGAAGAACCAAUGAACAAAGCACCAACUUUUGUGCUUCCCCUCAUUCCCCUCCUCCUUUGGACAUCCUGACAUCCUGGGACUGACAGGGCCUAAGUUACCUCUUAGAACUCUCUGCUUCUCCUCCAUUCUCUUUGCAAAAAUAAAGUCUCUGUUUCCUACUCAGAA